AUGGACGGCACAUCCCAGCUGGAGCAGUACCUGGAACGCUGUGACGGGCAGGAUGAUAUCUCAACUAGUCCUCAGCUGUUUGCUCCCAUGAGCCCUUAUGACAUAGACCUUCCAAUUCAGACAACUCCAGAUGCACCAUUUGCUUCUCAAUUUAAUCAGCCUAAAGACCUCCCUCCAGACUUCUCCUCCGUGGAUCUCAGCUUUCUUCCAGAUAUUAGCCAAGAUGACCAAGAACAAAAUCCCUCUGAGGAAGGUCAUGAAAUGCAAAAAGAGCUUGAUGGACCUGUGUCAAGAAAUGAGGACAGCGGGGUCUUUACGGAGGAAAGCAGUUUGGGAUGGCCGGACGCAACGCAGCCAUCCUCUGACACGUCUGGUGUCUGUCCCCCUCUGACCCCAAUGACACCCGUGACCCCCGUGACGCCUGCAUCCGAAAGCUCCGGCAUAGUCCCUCAGCUACAGAAUAUAGUGUCGACUGUAAACUUGGCUUGUAAACUAGAUCUGAAGAACAUAGCUCUGCACGCCAGAAAUGCAGAGUAUAACCCAAAGAGGUUUGCUGCUGUGAUCAUGAGGAUCAGGGAACCACGAACAACAGCCCUUAUUUUCAGUUCAGGAAAAAUGGUCUGCACAGGAGCAAAAAGUGAAGAGCAGUCACGGCUUGCAGCAAGGAAGUAUGCACGUGUGGUGCAGAAGCUUGGGUUCCCUGCCAAGUUUCUGGAUUUCAAGAUACAGAACAUGGUUGGGAGCUGUGACGUGAGGUUUCCCAUCCGGCUGGAAGGGCUGGUUCUCACCCAUCAGCAGUUCAGUAGCUAUGAACCUGAACUAUUUCCUGGACUUAUUUAUAGGAUGGUCAAACCAAGGAUAGUGCUGCUCAUCUUCGUGUCUGGAAAAGUUGUUCUGACUGGAGCAAAAGAGCGUUCUGAAAUCUAUGAGGCAUUUGAGAACAUCUAUCCCAUUCUAAAAGGAUUCAAGAAGUCAUCAUAA